GGGGAGGAUAUCACGGCGGCGGCGGAGAGGGAGCUGAUGGAGGAGACGGGCAUCUCCGCGCGUGUGGAGGCGGUGUUGGCGCUACGACAGGCGCACGGGUUUGCAUUCGGCAAGAGCGAUCUGUUUGUGGUGGUGGGCAUGCGGCCCACCCGCGAGGGGCAGCAGCCCGUGCCGCAGGAGUCGGAGAUCGCGGCAGCCCGCUGGCUGCCGCUGCAGGAGUUCACGGGGCAGGAGUUCUUCCAGGGGAUGCCGCUGUUCGAGAAGAUGCUGGAGAGGUGUGUGGCCUGGGCGGAGGGGCGCUAUGCGGGCAUGCGUGCGGAGCAGCUGGAGAGCAGCGUGACGCGCAGACGGGCGGACCUGCUGAUAUGGGGGGAGGACGGCCCGCAGCAGCAGCAGGCGGCGGCAGUGGGGCGGCAGCAGGCGGAGGAGGAGCAGCAGCUGGCGGAAGCAGAGGGGCGACAGCAGGGUGAGGCGGGGCAGGGCGGAGGAGAGAGGUUGGAGGGGGAUACGGAAAAAAGGCAGGUGUUGCUUGGGGCGGUAGUUGAGGUUGGGACGAAUGGGACCGAUGGGAGCCAGUGAUUGAUGACGAUUGAGUGUAGAGAUUUAGCAAGGAAAUGAGAGCUUUGUGAUGCGAUGUAUGGAGGAGCGCCAUGAAAGCAUGGACGAGCAGGUAGGAGCGAUGUAGGACUUGGCCGAGUGACAAAUUGUGUAUCUUGUUCAAUGAAUGACGUCUAAGGCACGUCUAUGGAUUCUUCGUUGCUGCUGGUCGCGCGAGGGCAGUUCUAUAGUGGACGUCAGGACAGCAAGGAUGUGCGCUGCGGUGUGACAAGUGUGAAAAUGGAAGCACUAUACGCUCGUCCAUGUGUUAUAAUGAAUGUGAAGUUGCAUGGCUACGCGUGGCCAUGUUUCGCCCGGUGAAGUCGGAAAGGUUAUCUGCCGUAUGCGGUCGCAGUUUGUGCAAACAGGCAUUCUUGGUACGCGGAUGAGGCGCGCAUAGUAGAGUCUGCAUACUGUUAUCUGCCUCGAGGUAGGAUUGGACGACUGUGUUCACACAGUGACGUGACAGUACAGCACCGUAAGUUAAACCUUCCUACCUUCUUGGAACCAGUGACGCACUUUAGUGCAAAAGCCAACACUUGUUAACAAAUUGCUACCUUCGGACUAUGGUUUUAGGCCGAAGAGCGAGAGGAGUGUUGCAGUUACUGUAUCAAGUCAGGGUAUUGUAAUUUACGCAUCGACUUAGCAUCAGUAGAAAGGCUUUGAAGAUGGGCUCAGCGGUAGGCCAAGAGCUGGCGCUCUUAGCCCUCCAGCUGACAACGAACCUUCGCCAGCAGUAAAGGGCACGAGGAGUCGUGCGAGGGAAGAGUCAAAAGGAGGUGUCAAUUGCUGAGAUGAUGCCUAAUAGCAAGCAGUCAGCAGCUUCGAUGGCAGCAACGGCUGCCACUGACGCUGUUGCUGGCCAAAAUGCCGCGGUUGCGGCCAGGGAAGCCAUCCUGCAAAGGCACGCUGCAACCGCAGCUGCCCAGAGGGCAGAGUUCGCACACAUAGCUGGAAUGCCUCCCAACAGGAGGACAGUCGCACAGAACAACCGUCUAGCCCUCUUCAUGGCCUCCGCGCCCCGCACCCAGCACGCGGGUCCCACCGCCCUGCACGCCCUCUCCACCGCCGUACAGCUGCUGGAGGUGCCACGCGGCGGCACCAUCUACCGCAUCAACGAACCCUCCGACGGCUUCUACAUUGUGGUGGACGGCAAGGUGGUGUUGUACGACCUUCGGGACAAGGAGGAGGAGGAGGAUGGGGACGACGGUGCGGUGGAGCGGCUGGGUCGCGGCGACAGCUUCGGCGAGGAGGACCUGCUGUCGGGCAGCCGGCGGGCGCAGCGCGCGGAGGCGGGGCGGGACUGCGCCUCCGCGCUGUUGCUGCGCGUGCCGCCGGAGCUGUACCGCAAGCACCUGCAGAACCUGCACCAGCCCGACUUUGAGGACAAGGUGCGGGGGGGGGAGAGUGGGAAGGGGAGGGCAUGGGGCGAAGCCCUAAAUGGUCCAGGCGCAAGCAACCGGCCCGCCACACCGCCAUCCGGUGUAUGUACCGGUGUGUUAAGAAAACUGGCCGCGAGUAGGAACGUACCGGUGUGUACCCCUCGGCCCCCUGCAUGCCAGUGUUAAGCCCCCUAACCCGAUCACCCCCCCGCUCUGAACUAGAUCUUCCCUAUUCUUCCUUCUCCCUCUCCCCCCUCCCCCUGCAGGUAGAGUUCCUGGGUCGGCUGGAGGUGUUUCGCUCGCUGCCGGAUGAGACCCUGCGCAAGCUGGCGCCCUGCUUCACACAAGUGGUGGGUGCGGGGGGGGGGCGGGCUGCUCCCCGCUGCACAGCUCCUCAACCCCCCCAGCCCCCUUGCCACUCUACUCUCUAUCUCUAACCUCUACCUUUCCCACCCUCACCCUCCAUGCAUGAGUCGGGAUAUGGGAUUGGGACUCGUUGUUUCACUUAUAUAAUUUUUUCCCACCCUCCCCCUCCUUCACACCCCAAAAACUAUCCCAACCCGCCUCACCCCACCCACCACCAGCCAGCUCGUGCGGAGUACCCACCUCCUACCGGUAUCAAACCCCACCCCGCCCCCUCCCCCUCCGCUCUCCCCCUCCCCCUCCGCUCCCCCCCUCCCCCUCCGCUUUUAUAUAAUUUUCCCCCCUCCCCUUCCGCUCUCCCCCUCCCCCUCCGCUCUCCCCCUCCCCCUCCGCUCUCCCCCUCCCC